AUGGCACCAUUCACUCGCGCCGUAGUCGAUUCCACGACGACCCCUGCGAUUCAGCUCCUUAGGAUUACGGCUCGGCCAUCAGCAACGUCGAACCAUUUGGCUUUUCAGUCGUAUAGCCACGCUUUGAAGCGUGCAGGGACAACUCCUGGUUAUGUCACUUGCCUUCAGCUCCCAGCAUCAUAUUCGACAUGCGCGACUUGGUCUGAGAAAUCGCGACAAGCUCGGCUUACACGUCCGACGGCGCAGCCCGGCCAAUUACCCCUGUCAGCAUCCGAAAUACAUACACGGCGAGGAUUCCAUACCUACUUUGUGACGCAUCUGCCUUCUUCCUCUGUUCACCCUGACUCUCGUCCUAGAGGACCAGGCCAUAAUCUUCCGCGUGAUGCUGCGACCCCUCACACUCCGAGCUCUGGGCCAGUCCCCGCUGUCGCCCCGCCCUACAUCCCGACAACCCGAGACUUGACUGUGGUGCGCAUCCCGAUGCGACGGGCUAAACAUCACCUUGGAGUUGCGACAGACCGAGGAAGUCGUCCUUAUAAUGAGGACCGAGAACAGGCUGGCACAAUCAGUCUCCCAGCGUUUGCGAAGAGGGCACCCAGGAGUGUACAGCAGAAGCCGGGAGAAGCUACAGCAGCCGACAGUGCCUGGGGAGACCCUCAAAUCUUCUACUUUGGUGUUUUUGAUGGUCACGGCGGAAGCGAAUGCGCCGAAUUUGUCCGGGAUGAGCUACCGGGCUAUAUAGAGCAGGCUUCGGAAGAGUUCGGGUUACAGAGCAGCUUGCGCAAGAAGAAGACAGGCCGAGAGGGUAUUCACAAUCACCACCAUGACCACAAACACAAACAAGCCCGACCAGCACAGCUAUCUCAAACAGCCAAGACCCUGUCAACGAAGCGUGAGGCACUCAACGCAGUAGCUAUGAAGGGGCCAGAGGAUGUUAAGCACGAAAUGAAUGUCCCUGAUGCAAAGCACGGUGGAACUACCGAUAAGCCAGUACACGGAGAGCGAAUACAUAGCGCAGCCUCACCGCCUGCCGAAGUAUCAGACCUUUCAAAAGCAAUUCGUAUCGAGAAGAACUUGGUUAAGGAAUACAAAGAUACCAUCGGCGGCUACUUUAGGCGCUUUCAUCCCGAACAGUUUGUCCUGUCACGAGACGAAAACCCUGGAGAAGGACAUAAGAUCACGAUAGAAUCGGUUCUUGCGUACGCCUUCUUAAGAGCUGAUCUCGACUUUGUCACUGCCCAGGCACGUAAGCUGGACCCUGAUGAUGCAAAAGGGGGCGACAUCCCCGUGAACAACGAUGAGGUUUUUGGCCACCCGUCUACACCAUCUGGACAUGGAAUAGGAGGCCCGGCGCGCUUCAAGGGAGGUUCAACGGCCUCGGUGGUCCUUAUUUCUACGCCAACACCCGCUCCUUUUUGGCACCCAGCAGCCCAAUCGACCUUGCUGUGUGCCCAUGUCGGCGAUAGUCGCAUUCUACUUUGCGAUACCGCCACUGGUCUAGCCCAGCCUCUGACAUCGGAUCACCAUCCUAGUACACCGACCGAGAGUCGUCGGCUAAGACGCUAUGCGCCUGCGGGGUCCAUGGUUUCGGGUGAUAGUUUUGGUGAGGAGCGUAUUGCAGGCCUGGCCAACAGUCGUGCCUUUGGAGAUAUGGGAAGCAAACGCAUCGGCGUCUCUGCCGAGCCAGAGCUCACGCGAGUUGAGAUGGGCCCAGCCCAGUACUCUUUCCUUGUGCUUAUGACAGACGGUAUCUCUGGCACUCUGACCGAUCAAGAGAUUGUCGACGUCGUCAAGGAGGCUCGCACGCCCGAGGACGGAGCUCGCAACAUCGUCAAGUAUGCCACUGAGGUUUCUUCUGACGGCGACAAUGCAACUUGCCAAGUCGUACGCCUAGGCGGCUGGGAGCGUCGGUCUGAAGGCGGCGUCGGCAGUAUGGGUACCAAGGAGAUUCGCGAUGCGCGCAUAGCAGAAGCCCAAGAUCCACGACGAGGAAAGAGGUGA